GUGAGUGAUUACUUCAAGAUAACAUUGUUUUCUCAUCGAACUAAGUUUGAACCAGUUGAAAUGGUUUGGAAAUUUAAAUUGACCGUGGAAGUUCCACUGGUUUUAUCUUUCAUUAGCUUCCAGUUGGUAGAAGCGGUUUUGUUGAAUCUUCUCAUAUUCCGUACAUGUUAUGUUCUUUUGGCUCACGACAAAACAGAAUGUAGCCGUUUGGGAAACAACAACAAUGACACCAUUAUCCAAAAUUUGGAAAAAGAGGUUCAGCCUUACUCUAAUAUCGUCAUGAUGGUUCGAACGGCAACAGAACAAACAUUUAAUUUAUUGCUGUGUAUGUUAGUCGGGCCUUGGUCAGACAAGCUUGGAAGAAAAUCGUUUAUCAUCCUUAGCCAAGCAGGAAUGGCGAUUGGUAUGAUUUUAUUAUCUAUCAACAGUUGUUUUGAUACAUCGCCUUGGUAUUUCAUGAUAAGUGAUAUUCCUUCAAUGCUAACAGGUGGUGGAAUAACAUACUUCACAGUAGUUUUAGCAUAUAUUUCUGAUAUAUCUACUGAAGAAACCAGAGGCAUUAGAAUGGCUAUAUAUGAAACUAGUACAGCUUUGGGAACAAUCAUUGGAAACGCUAUGAGUUCGUACAUUUUUUAUGCGACAAAUUAUGCAACUAUUUUUGGUUUAGCAGCCGGAAGUACCAUUUUAGGAAUUAUGUAUACUAUUAUUUUUAUACCAGAAUCUCUACAACAACUAGGAAAUAGAGAGCCGAUAAGGAGAACGAAUUUGACCAAUUUCAAAGAAAUGUACCAAACAUUGACAAAAGCACGAGAAAAUAACAGAAGAAGCAUCAUUCUCAUUUCAAUAUUAGUUCUAAUACUCAUAAACUUCGUUGGCAGUGGGGAAUUUGGAGUAAUGUUUUUAUUCCUAAGAGAAAAACUGGAUUGGAACGUCACCAAAUACACCCUUUAUCUAAGUAUCACGACAGUUUUUUCCGUUUGUGGAACAAUGAUGAGUAUCUACAUUAUACACAAGAAAUGUGCGAUGCGAGAGACUUUGUUGGCUUUAAUCGGUCUAUGUUUCAUGUUUAUUUGUGUUUUACUACAGGGUUUGGCUAUAUAUGAUCAUUUUAUAUAUAUCGGUGCUUUCUUAAAAGGGGCAAUUGGAGGAGUUUCAGUACCAAUGCUAAGGACACUAGUAUCAAAGUCAGUAUCUGUUGAUGAGGUGGGUAAGGUAUUUUCCACUAUUAUGGCAACAGCUUAUCUUAUCGGCCUAGGAGGAGGACCUUUGUACUCGUUUGUAUAUAAUGCCACAUUAUCAAUUAAUUCUGGAAUUUUCAACUAUCUUUCCGCUGGAAUACAUGCUACGAGUAUUCUAUUGAUGAUGCUUAUCCUUAAAUUAGAGACACAAAUAGCAUCAGGUAAUACUCCAACUGUCACAGAAAUUGAGGACAACGAUGGGGUCAUUGGAAAGUAAUAUAUUGUUCAUCGAUUAUUAGUUUCAUGAAC